UUGGAAGCCGCGCGGGGGUAUACUUGCAGGCUCAUUCACGCGCAGCGCUGCGACAGUACACGAUAAUAAAUGCUCGAAUAAUGGAAACUGAAAACGUUAGUAAAUGCAUAGUGCUAAUUAUGUUCAUAUGAUCCAAAAGUUAAUAUUGCAUAUGGACCAUAUGGAAAAUCGAGGUCUUAACCGAGUGUCCAGUUAGACUUGCAAGCUCUGGACGAUUUUAGUGUUAUGCAAGUCCGGUGUGAUUCUUUCGAGUGUUUUUUCGUUUCUUAAGGUACAUUUUCUAUGCGGCUCCCGGACGUGAAUAGAACAUAUUCUUGGCUUCAGGAGGAAGGGAGAUUUGUAGUUCCAUAACGCACAAGUGACUGAAGGGAUACUGCUCGUGUUGGGUGCUACACGAGACUGGACACGGAACGCGCGAGAGGAAGACAAAAAGGCUCUCCGAGGAUGACUCUGGGGACGGACAUGUCGGACAGUUCUGCUCUGUCCGACGACGUGGACAUUGAUGUCGUUGGCGGGGAUAUUGUAAAAGAGGGUAAAUAUCUUCACCACCAUCAUAGCUUUCACUUGGACAAUGACUCCGAUGACAAUCUAUCUCAGAAUGCAGGGGAGGGCGCAAUCUCUCCGGGCCAAAGCAGCUUGGACUGUCCAUCUGACCGGGACGGGCCACGGGAUGACCACAGAACCGGUGCCUUGAGUGAAGAUAAACCAGGGAAAAAUGCAUUGGUGAAACCCCCUUAUUCAUAUAUAGCCCUGAUAACCAUGUCUAUUCUGCAGAGCCCGAAGAAACGUUUGACUCUCAGCGAGAUCUGCGAGUUCAUCAGCAACAGGUUCCCAUAUUACAGGGAGAAAUUCCCCGCGUGGCAAAACUCUAUCCGUCACAACUUGUCUCUAAAUGACUGCUUCGUCAAAAUACCCCGUGAACCCGGUAACCCGGGCAAAGGCAAUUACUGGACCCUCGACCCAGAGUCCGCCGACAUGUUUGACAAUGGGAGUUUUCUGCGCAGAAGGAAGCGCUUCAAAAGACACCAGACCAACGAGAUCCUUAGGGACGCGGGUGGAUUUCUACCUGGCUUCGGCUACGGACCGUACGGUUACAAUUACGGCAUACAGCUGCAAAAUUUCCAUGCGCAUCACCCCUAUCACCCACACCACCCGGGAGGCGCGUUCCCUUUCCAAAACGUACCCUGUGCUCUCCCCACGACUUCCUCGAUAUUCUCCACACCACACAGCUUGCCUUCGUUUUUAGGAACUGAGCUGAGAAAGCCUUUCUAUCCUCAACUCAGCCCGACUCUUCCUAAUCUGGCGCCUCUCAAAACGGACACUAAUGGUCCAAGUCGGCCUUCCUUCUCUAUAGACAAUAUAAUUGGUGCGGCUAGCUCAACAGCUUCGUCGUACACGACACAACCGGGUGGACAGGCUCAGAUCUUGGCCAUGCUGACUCCCACACUUGCUUCGGCCACGAACCACUUGAAUCUAACGCAGGAAGCGAUGUUUCAGCCCGGCACACAGUCUUUCUCGAGCAAAACGUCAAGCCUUAACAAUUGCCAUUUCUAGAGUGGCAGCAAAUAGAAAGUGCAGCAGUCCAGUUUAAUAUGGUUGUUUCGUCAUUUGCUAAGGUAGGAUUUACACUUUUGCAAAAUUAAAAUGCCGCCCGUUUCAUGUUUCUGAAUUAUAUAAAAAAAGUCUAAUUAAGUAUAUUUAUGAACUGUAAAUAUGUAAGAUUAUGGAGAGAGAAAGAGGCUGAAAAGAGGAAAUUAAGACCAUGUAAAAAGUAGCUAAGAUUUCAUCUUUGGACAGCCAGUGGACCUUUGCCGUUUUGUCCAGAAAGUCAGUAAGUAAUAGUUUGUAGGCUACUAAUUGACAGGGAAUUUCCUCUUUCGGCAGAAUUAAAUUAAGAUUUGUUUUAAUUAUUUUAUUGUUUUGUAUGAUUUGAGAGUUUGUAAAAAGCACUGUCAAUACCGAGACUUGAACCUCAGGAUUUACUUGUUUUGGAAGCACAUUGUCAGAUACAAGGGGCUGUAAACAGAUUAAAAAAGGUUAACGUCCCCCUAGCUCUCUCAGCCGAAGUGUUCUGGAAAAUUGUAGCCUAUUCUUAUUUUAUUUCUGUUGGCAGAUGAUUAUGUGGUUCUUGGUGUAAAUCGCAUUACCUCUUUCUGACUCUUGUUAAUACAUAUUUCAUUAUUCCAUUGAAAAAUGAUAUGUGAAAAGAAUGUUGUUAUAUGUAAAGAGAUGUCCAUAGGUCAUUUUUUUGUAAUGGCAAGAAAAUAAAUGUUUGUGAAUUUUGAAGAUGUUUUCGUUAACUUCUUUUCGCUUUAGUCUUCAAACAGGCCUGUAUCAACCUACAGCCUAACAGAGUUUAUUCACAAAAUAUUAAUGUUUGAAGUUCAAACAACUGUGAGUUAAGAAAACAAAUAAUUUUAACCACAUUGUUUUUGCUUUAGUGUAAUCAUUUUCACCAGUGUGUAUGCUACCUAUAAUACUAGACCAAAUAAGACCAUUCAAAUAAUAUGAUUACAUUGAUAAAAUGUAGGUUUAAUGUUUGCUGCCACAAGAUAUGAAUAAAUUAUGCCUAAAAAAAUCUUAGUGUGACGUUUUCACACCAGUAUUUAGUAUACGUUGAAGGCCCAAGGCACAAGUUUCCUCUUGUGUGGCGCUUUGAGCCAUGAUAAUCGACCAGUUUCUGGCAAACGACAAAGAGCUAAAGCAAUGGGAACAUCAGCGCUUGAAAGUCUAUAAUUGAAUGUGAGGGUUAUAAAUGUAUACCCACGAAGUCUUUUGAGGAUUCGUUGCUAAUUUGUGUUAGCAUCUUUUUUUCAUCUGGAAUCUAAUCCACAAUAAUACAGCUCUUUGCCCAUUUGUUGAUGUUGUCACUGAAGACCUUGUCCCCAAGGCCUUAAUGGGCACCCAGCAAGUGGUCCCUAGCGAGACAAGCCACACACAUUUGCUUCUGAAAGGCGAUCGUCUUAAAAGACUUUCAUGUCAUCUGUGUUGUCUUGAGACAUGUACAAAAGAAACAGCGGGAAUUCACCGUAUGCGAAAAACAGACUGAUGAAUCCAUUUGAGAGUUGGACGAGCACACGGUAACUGUUCAGAAGGUGGUACAAAAAAGCUGCCUUUAUUUACCUGGUUCGAGCGCCAAUGGGUAAAUUUGCUUCGUGGGGUGUUUUUUGACAACUAGUUGUUAAAGGAAGGAUUGACUUUCACUCAUCAUAUUUUUCUCUCAUUCUUCAAAUGCAAACAUGUAGGCUAUUCAUUCAAAACGUGGAAUAUUUUGUCAUCU